CUUGCAACAUGCUUAAAGUGAUACUUCAAAGUAUUUUCAUUCUUUCCAUCAUUCAGAUAAUAUCCAGCGAAGAACCCUUCUGUGACAACAAAUGCUACGGUCAAGGCGUUGUGACGUCACGGUCCUGUCACUGUGACAGAGCUUGUUCCCUUGUGUACAAUGACUGCUGUGGUGACUCUGAGCACUUCGUCCUGGGCAGGAAUGCCACGAAGGGCGUCCGCAGCCUCAUGUGCAAGAGGAAUGUGCUUGUCGUCAACAGUUGCUUGAAAGAGUGGAACGGACCGGACUUUAUCGUCAAUUCUUGCAAGCUUGACAGCAACUUCGAGCUCGAUCCUGUCGGCAAUGCGCCAGUCACGAGCGAAUCCACGGGGAUCACUUACAGCAACUACUACUGCGCCAUUUGUAAUGGCGAUGCGGAGAACAUCAUCAUGUGGAACAUCAAGAUGUCCUGUCCACUUCUCAACCCCGAUUUGCCAGAGAACAAAGACGAGGCUUUCAAGUACAUCUUCUACAACCAUCCCACCAACGAGUGGGGUUAUGUGCUAAACGACACAAACACCAAGAAAAUGACAUUCCACGGUUGUGCCGUCACGUCGGAGAUUCCAGAUCCACAUGGUACGCGUGUUAGACAAUGCGACGAAUCCGUCAAAACUUGUGCAACGACGUGGAAGAAAGACGCCAUGCACACCCUCUGCAACGGAUACAUGGAUCCUGUGUACUACAACGGUACAAAAUACAAGAAUUUCUACUGCGCCAUUUGCAACAAAAUAGACCAAUCAAAGCUGAGUUGUGGUGAGGCGAUGGGUCCGCGGACGAAUGCUCAACCCGAGUCGGAUGAUCUGAACAAGAUGAGCUUUUCUCUGCUCUUGGACAUUAAUUUCUCAGAGGGCAACAGUGUCGGUAAAAGACCAGCAACUGGUAAUUGCAGAACGGGAGAAAUCUUCGAUCCAUUCGCAAGGAGAUGUAGAAAUAUCGUGUGCGGCAUUCCAGGGUAUGUGCUGCAGAAUGGACUGUGCAUGUCGGAAGCAGAUCUACCUGUCUAACCAUCUCUUUCAAUUCAAAUAUAGGUUCCUACUCGCUUUUUAUUGUAAAAAUUAAAAAUUUUAUAAACAAUUUUAAGAACCAUAAAAAAGUUGGAAGAUUUUUUGACUUGAGCGAUGUAGAAUGACGUUAUAAAUAGACUAGCUGCGUUGCCCGGCUUUGCCCGGUCCACCUUGCAAAUAAAAAUUGUGUUAAGUGACGUAUAUUCAACAAUCAGGCUUAAAAAAUAAAUAAAUAAAACAUCAUGAUUUCCCUUCCAAACAAUGACGACAGAUAUUAAAAUAUUUUAAAGAUUAGUAAAUCCAGAAAGAUGGAUUUAAAAUGCGUAACCAUGGAAACACAAAAUAAAAUAAGUUUAAGGAAUUAAAAUGCGAAAGAAAAUGGUUCACAAUUUGAAUGGAAUCGAGAAUUCUUAAACUUGAUUUAAAAAGGCUUGUAACUUUUUUUCCUUUCGAGAUAAAAGCUUAUUUUUUCGACCAUAGGUCGAGUUAGAUCUGGAGUAAAAAAGGUCGCUUUUUCCAAUGGCGUCAAAAAGAAAUCUGUGGGACAAUUUCUUCACUUUUUAUUGAUUUAUUUAAUGAAGAAAGUAGUGCCUAAAUUUCAGCUAAGCCUAAAAAAAUUCGAGCUAAAAACGCAAAUA